UGGUUGGCUCGGCAUAUCCUGUUCGCUCGAUGUGUCAACGGGAACAAGGACUGCAGUGAAGAAAAAUACGAAGAUGAGGAAUUUUAAAAUAAUCUCCGAGGACUAAACCAAAAAUGUGUAUUAUGUGAAAGAAUAAUUCAAGCAAUUAGUGUGAAAGUGUAUGUGACAUGAUUAGCCUUUGUUGUAGUGUAGACAUCACUACUUGCAGUCAACCAUGUGCAAGUAGCUCUUUGAGUCAUGUCAGAGGAACAUGACGUAGAUUGUGCUGGAAGUGAACGAACUGAGGACAAAGAUUGCAAUGAAACUGGGGAGGACGAGGUAGGAAAUAAAAACGAGAAAGACAACGAGGACAAUACGGGAGAUAAAGACAAGGUAGAAGAGAUUGCAAGUGCCAAUGUUGUAAGUGCCACAAACGACAAAGAGAGUCUGAGUAGUGAAAUAGACGAGAAGCAAGAUUUGUACGGAGGGAAAGGUUCGAAAGGAACGCUUACGUGGACGAGGGAGGAGUCUAGUUUACGAGUGUCGUGGAAUUUGUACGAAGGGACUGCAACUCCGAAAGAUUACGUGGCGCUAUGUUAUGCAGAGACCGCAAGCCUCGCCGGUAUCGCCAGGCUCGUGCCGGCGACCGGAUGCGACACUGGCCAUAUAAUGUGGCUGCUUGAUGAGCCCAAUCAGCCUUAUGAAGACUGUGAGCAGCUCCUUUGCUUUCGCUAUUACAAUGGCGAAGAAGAUGAUUGCGUGGCAGAGUCGUCGACGAUCCCGUCGAGGUUCAAAGUUGAACUCAAGAAGCUUCCCCUGAAGCUUAAAGAGGGUAUAUCAAGAAAGAGAAGCGGAGACCAAGUGUCGCCCUUCUCUUACAACAAUGAAAGCUUUGAAAUGAACUCCGAAAAUACUCCACGAAUGGAAUUAGUUAGCACCAGUCAAGACAUUAAGCAUCUUAGUGAAAACGUUGAUAAAUGCUCAAUUAGCGCUUUAGAGUCUAGAGAAAAGUCUAGAGAAAAGUCUAAUUUCGAACAAAGUAAAUGUGAUCCUAGCAAAUCUCUAGUUAGUAAUAGUACUGAAUCUCAAUCUGUAAAUAGUGAAUCUCAGAAUGCUCUGAACUGUAAACCGACAUCUUCAGGCGUAAAAAAGAAAUGUCCUCCACCUGUUGAUACUGCCAGUUGCCUAGCAUUGAAUGGUGUAAAGAAGAAGACGAGUAUUAACAUUGGUUUCGAGUCUCCCACAUCACCUGAUACCGAAUAUUAUAAAAUAUGGUCACCACAAAAUCCGUGUAAAAUAAUGAAGUUUGUCUAUGAUGUCGAAGGUGCUAAUGUGCCAAAUGAUGCUCAAAAAUCGCCAGUACCUCCGUUGCCUCCGAGACAAUCGCAUAAACCCUUAGAGAGAAUGCACGCUUUACCACCAAUUGUACAAAGGCAUCGAAAACCAAAAAAGCUUUCUAAACCUGAAGACGCGUUCACCUUUGAGCUGAUAGAUACAGAUGAACAGUUUUUUACAGAUAAUAAUAUUGCAAAUUCUGCGGCGUUACAAGGAGAUAUAAAUGAUUUUAGGCCUGGGGAGUUUUAUUCUGGUGCUCAAGCACCCAUUUCUUCUACGGCAAGCUUUUUAAGAGGGUGUCAAAACGUUGCUCCCUUAGCAACACCCGAGACUGACGGCAGCUUAUGUGAAUCCACAGUUUCUUCUAUUAAAUUGUCUAGGUUAGCUGAUGAUAAGAAAAAAAGUGAUGUACCUGAUAGCACGCAAAGCGUGAGUAAGAAUAAUGUUAUGUUAAUAAAAGAUAUAGGUCCAGAUAAUUAUAUUACUACAACGUUUGCAAGGAAGGAUAAGAACAUUGUAGAAGCUUUUCAUUCGACUCCUAAUCAUGCAAAAUCCGAAGAAAAAGCUCAACAUACGUUCCUUAAUGAUAUAAGUAGUCAUCAAGAUUUCGAGGAUGACAAUAAGAAUCAAGUCGAAGAAAAGGAGAUAACGGUGAUAAAGGCCCAUAAACCUCUAACGAGGCAAAACUCGGGACGAUCUACACCGACAAUGAUGACAGCAUUUCUUAACUCAUCCCACAUUGAUGGACCUAGUCGAGAAAUUGUCCCCGGCAGUCCCAACGCUCCUAGUUCCUGCAAUUCGUCACAAUCAAAUUCACCCAUAGAUGAAACUAAUAAGAUGUUACCCAGUGUGGGAACUAUGAUAUUGAACCGCAAAUAUUCUUGUGAUAGUUCGACUCCCAAACACUCAAGUUUACCUCGGCAUCUUUUAAAAAGUCUCGGCUGUGAAGGGACUCCUAAGCAUUCUCCUCAUAGAGUAAAUCCAUCAAAAGACACCCCAGAUAGUCCAUUGAGGCCGCACCCUAGAGUCCUUUCUAGAGUUGCGGCAUUAGCUGGAUCUAUGGCCCCUCAAUGCCCACCGACGCCUACGCAUCACGCGCGCAGACCAAGGCCACUGCCACCAGCAGAUUUACAUCCACCACCUAUACAAAACACAGAAAACAGGGUAGCAGAGAAUUUCGAAAUGGUUGAGUUUACGAAUGAAUUAAGAACAUCGGAGAUCAGAUCUCCUAACCUUGAAUUUAGUAAUCAUUUCACGAUUGUUCACGCCGGACCGCCAGACGAUGUUGUGUUGAGAAGGCCGCACGCUGUUGAUGAUUGUGAUGAUAAUGAAAACGCUGUAGCUUCACCAACACCUUUAAGACAUAUGGCAGGUAUUAGAUUACCAUCGAUACCUGAACGUGCGUCAAGACAGAUGGCUUUGACUGGAGAUUUUCCAGCCAAUAUGAUUGGCGGAAUUAUUGAAUGUGAAGAGCCAUUACCUCCUGGCUGGGAGGCACGUAUGGAUAGUCACGGCCGCGUGUUUUAUAUCGACCACAUAAACAGAACAACGACGUGGCAGAGGCCCGCGGCUAACGGGAGCUCUCCUAGAUCGCCCGCACCGGAAGUCCAAAGGCGGCAAUUAGAUAGAAGAUACCAAUCAAUCCGUCGCACUAUGACGCGCACGCAACUGGGCGAGGAGGAGCGAGAAGCGAGUUCUUCCCCUCCCCCCGCCGCCAGUACGUCUCGCUCGCCCGAGGGACAGCCCCCCGCCGCGCCCCACCCCGCCGCUGAGUUCCUGGCGAGGCCCGACUUCUACUCCAUACUGCAUAUGAACUUGGAAGCAUCAUCGCUAUACAACUGCAACUCCACAUUGAAGCAUAUGAUAUCGAAGAUACGUCGCGACACGGCGUCCUUCGAGCGGUAUCAGCACAAUCGAGACUUAGUAGCGUUAGUCAAUAUGUUCAGCGAGUCUGAAAGAGAACUGCCAUUGGGAUGGGACUCGAAGCUGGAUAGAAAUGGAAAGCGUUUCUUUGUGGACCACGUGAUGCGGCGCACGACCUUCAUAGACCCGCGGUUGCCGCGAGUGCCUCAAGCCGGGCCAUUCUCGCCACUGCUGCCUCCACGGAGACGACCCAUUAUGCCUGACCAGGCGCCGACGCCGCCGCCAAGGCCGCCUGUGCUCACCUCGGACACGUACUCGCACCAUUCGCAACAAGAAAUACCUGUUGCCUAUAAUGAUAAGGUGGUUGCGUUCCUCCGACAACCGAAUAUCCUUUCAAUACUCAAAGAGCGAUGCGGAGGUUGCGGCGCGACGCUACGCGACAAAGUGAACGCGGUGCGAGUGGAGGGCGCGCCCGCACUGGUCCGGUACCAGAAUGACGUGCAACUCACGUGCUAUCUUAGCCUGUUCGAGCAGGAGAUCAUGAGCUAUGUACCUGCAUCGGGAUGUGCAACGGCAGAGCCCUCGCCCGUCGCGUCGCCGGCCGCAACAAGGAGUACCAGGGCACCAGCGCCGCAAAGGAGGGACUUUGAGGCCAAAUUGAGAGCGUUCUAUCGGAAGCUCGAGAGCAAGGGCUAUGGACAAGGGCCUGGCAAGUUAAAAUUGCACAUACGCCGGGAACACCUUCUAGAAGACGCGUUCAGGCGGAUAAUGUCGUGCAGCAAAAAGGAGCUCCAGAAGGGCAAGCUCUGCGUACUGUGGGAUGGGGAGGAAGGCUUGGACUACGGCGGGCCCAGCAGAGAGUUCUUCUUCCUGCUAUCCAGAGAGCUGUUCAACCCCUACUAUGGUCUGUUCGAGUACUCGGCGAAUGACACCUACACCGUGCACGUAUCACCGAUGUCCGCGUUCGUUGACAACCAUCAUGAGUGGUUCAGAUUCUCCGGCCGCGUGUUGGGUCUCGCACUGGUUCACGGCUACCUGCUGGAGGCGUGGUUCACUCGCGCCCUGUACCGCGCUCUGCUGCGACUGCCCCCAGCGCUGGAGGACGUUGAUGCGUUAGACGCACAGUUCGCUGCAUCACUGAGAUGGCUGCAGACGGCACGGUGCGUGUCGUCGCUGGAACUGACGUUCGCGGUGUCGGAGCGUCUCGCGGACGGACGCGUUUUGGAGCGGGAACUGAAGACGGGCGGGCGGGACGUGCCAGUUACGGAGCGGAACAAAAAGGAAUACUUGGAGCGCCUUGUGCGGUGGCGUGUGGAGCGAGGCGUGGCGGAGCAGAGCGAGUGGCUCGUGCGGGGAUUCCACGAGGUGGUGGACCCGAGGCUGGUGGGAGCUUUCGACGCCCGCGAGCUUGAACUGGUCAUAGCGGGUGCGCCCGAGCUGGAUGUGCCAGACUGGCGGAACAACACGGAGUACCGCGGCGGGUACCACGACUCGCACCCCGUCAUCUUGUGCUUCUGGCAAGCGAUCGACAGAUUUACAAAUGAACAGCGCCUUCGUCUCGUUCAGUUCGUGACGGGCACAUCCUCCAUCCCCUACGAAGGUUUCUCAGCACUGCGCGGCUCCACUGGUCCACGGCGAUUCUGCAUAGAACGAUGGGGACGAAUCGAGUCCCUUCCAAGGGCUCACACCUGCUUCAACAGGCUAGACCUGCCUCCGUACCCCACGUUGCAGCUUCUACAUGAAAAACUACUUCUAGCCGUUGAAGAAACUAAUACCUUCGGAAUUGAAUAAAGAAAAAAAAGGACAAGGCAGUUGUGAAAACAAUAAAGCACGUCGUGACAAGCUAACGUGCUCAACUAGCUUCUCCUAUCUAUAAUAUAUGAACAAGUUUAUUGGCGAUAACUUUGUGUCUAUAUUUAGUUGUGGUAGACCCCUAACCAAAUGAUAAAAUAGUUGCUUGUAAAAAACACUGGUUAAAUGUUGAUGUACUGUUAAUGAUUGUAAUCCCAUUAGCGGCUGUAAAUUAUGAGUUUUAUGACUCUCAUGUAAAUAGUAGUCAAUUGAUUGUAUAGUUGAGGGACAAACAAAGAUAGUGUAAUAAUAUUUGCUGUACGUACGUAGUGUAGGUGUGCCAGAACAUUUAUAAUAAAGUUAGCCACGUAUCUAUUUGAGGUUUGUACUUUAUAAACGCUUUGAUUGUAAGUGAAGUAUAUUGUGGCUGUGAAUCGGGGCUCAAGUCCCAAGUUUAGUUUUACGCUUUUGUCACUAAUUUAUAUUAUUCUAUUUAAAACUUAGAUUUCGAGAAUUGUAUAACUUGGCAUUUUUUUAAUCUCUCGAGAAGAUCAGUAUUUGUUUUUUUUUUAAUUAUAAUUUAAAACACAUAAAAGUGAUUACCUCUUAACACUCUUUAUUGGCUAUAACAGAGAAGCUAUUAAAAUUUACGAACAGCACUUCCUAGUCAGCUAAUAUAAAUAUAUGCUUAUAAUAAAAAUAACUGCAACAGAAAUCAUAAUAUUGCUUGAUCAUCCCUGUAGUUACACUUACCUAUUUAUGUAAUUAAUAUAAUAAUUGACAUGUGGAUGUUGUGAUUUAUUUUGCUAAUCUAAAAUUUAUGUACCUCUGUUAAUUUAUACAAAACAAUAUGGAAAUGUUUCAUGCUCAAAAUUACUGUAAACGAUGGAAAUUGUCACAUAUUUAAUGCAAGUGUAACAAUAGUUUGUACUUCAAUGUAAAUACAUUAUUUAUUGUGUUUAUGUAAAUUACACUCAAGUGUAAGUUCAUGUUUAUUUUUGUAAGUAAUAUAGCUCUAU